AGGACGAGGACGUGACCCUUCAGGGAAGCGGUGCCUUGGUGCUCUUGACCCCCGUGGCCCUCAGUGCAGGUACUACCCCCACCGCAUCGCUACGAUGAACAUCAACGACCCAAAGUUCUGCUACGCCCUGGAUGGGGUCCUACUGCUCUACAUCGUCUUCAUCACUGUGCUCUACCUGCGAGAAAGGUUCGUCAGUUCCGGUCCCGGGUCCCAGGAACCGUCCCUCUACUCAGAACUGGACAAAGCAGGUGACCAGUACAACCAUCUGGACUGGAGCAGCGUGGAGAGCGGCAACGGACGCAGGGCCCACAAGAGAGCCGAUGACCUGUACACGCCCCUGAAGCCAGGAUCCACAGACACCUACAGGGAGAUCCGUAUGAAGAAGGAGGUGAACAGUAAGGACCUCGUGUACCAGGACCUGAGCAGAGGCACCAAGGACACACCGUACGACUCCCUGCAGCUGCAGUCACUGCCACCACAGCGUUGACACCCCCAGCUGGGUAGAGGUGGAGGGGCCAAGCAGGCCUUUGUUUUUCUGCUAAGAGCUCAGUGCACUAAGGAGUUUAAUGCGCUUCAGUUCAAUGUUACAGUAAAGACAGUACAACAGUUAAAAACAUGUAAACACACUCAACAGCUCUAUCGUCGCUCUCGGCAUUUCCACCCGUUUUCGGUUCUCAGGCUCACCGCACUGCAGGGUUCCCACCGUCGGGACGCAGGACACCAGCACUCACUUUUUGCUUUUCUUACACUGUCUCUUGCUGUUUUACUCUGUGUGUUUAUUUAAGGAUCAAAUAAAGUGAAGAUGUGUGUCCCUGCCCUAGUUGCACCGCGGUACCUCCUCUUACAGAGGUCUAGGUUCCCGUUCCUUCUCAUCUUCAGUUUCUGCAGUGAGCUGCUGUCAGACACACACCGCUGGUCCUGACUGAUCUUGAAACCCUUACACACACAUACACCCCCAACCUUAGGGCCACUGCCACUGAUGCUCAAGGGAUAGCACAGUCCACGGGAAGGGGGGGCAGGAGGCUGUGGAACAGGUGUGUGUCCCGCCUAUCCAUCGUAGCGAUGAAGGACACAAGAGCUGUUACUGACGCUGUGCAUGAGGACAGGUGAGCCUUGGGUUCGACACAAGGGGCAACCAUGUGUGAUGUUGAAGGAGCCCGCGGGGGGGAGGGGGGAUAUUUACGAUAAACUGCUUUGCGAUAGUGGUAACCUACCUUACCGUACAGUGGUUUCCAGACACGCCGUGUAUCUGCUAC